AUGUUGGGUUGUCUUCUUCCGGCUCUAAGUCUCUUUUCCUGCCUUGUUCUAGCUAAGACACAAGACAAUGAUACCCAUUCCAUUCCAACCAAUUUAAAUCAAUCUUCAAACUUGCCAGCUAGUUAUCAACUUUUAGUAGGAGGUCAACCUGGUCCAUUUUAUACCUUUAACUACGAUGUCUCUCAGAAGGUGAUCACAAAUUCGAGCAUGACUGUCGAUUUGGGCACAGGACCGUCUUGGGUAGAAUUUGAUCAAACCAAAAAAUUCAUGUUCAGUUCUGAUGCAACUAAAACCUUCAACGACGUGAAUAACACGGGUGGGGUAUUCUCGUCUGCCAUCGACAAAGAUGGAAAGAUUACAGUGAUAUCCUCCUCGGCUACCGCCAUUCAACCUGUCCGAGUAGCAGUUGACAAAGAAGCUCUUAACCUCAUCGUUGGUACCUAUCUUGGUGCCACAGUCGAAAGGUUUACAAUUGAUCCAGAAACUCGUGCAUUAUCAGAAGAACCUGCGCAAAAAAUCCUUUGCGUAGGUCAGAGUAUCAACCCUAAACGUCAAACUAAGGCAUAUAUCCAUGAUGUUCAAUAUACGCCAGAUUAUACUCAAGUUGUAGCUGUAGAUUUAGGAAGUGAUUUGAUUCGUAAAUUUCAAGUCGGUAAAGAUGGAAACUUGACAAAGAUUCAAUCUGUGAAUGUGCCUCCUGGGUGCGGACCCAGACACUUGGCCUGGGGGCCCAGGGCCGACGGGAAGUUGGACGCCUAUGUAAUCUGCUCCUUGACACGUGUAUUACUCACUUUCGAAGUCGAUAUUGCCAGUGGUCACAACUUUACCUUGAAGGGAACACCAUUAUCAACAGAACCCGCUGCACCGUUGAAUAGCACAACAUUAGAAGGGUCCGAGAUACUAUUAUCACCCGAUGGUCGAUUUGUAGUCACCUCUACUACUCAAACUUCUCGCGAUGAAGCUGAUCUACCUGAUAAUUUACUCGUCUCUUUCGCACGAGAUCUAAAUACCGGACUUCUUGACUCUAAUCCGAUCCGAAUUCCUACAGGUGGAAGAGUACCUCGACAAUUUGCAUUUGAUCCUACUGGUCAACUGAUUGCUGUGGCUCAACAAGGAGCAGAAAAUGUGGUAGUGUUUGAGCGUGAUGUAAAAAGUGGAGAAGCUAAGAUGGUAACACAAGUUCCUGCAGAAAAAGCUUCUUUUGCGAUGUGGCGAAGCGUAGAAAAUUAA